AUGACAUCUUCAACAACAAUGAAAGCUUUGGUGAUCAAAGCACCAUAUCAAGUAGCAGUGGAAGAUCGUCCAAUCCCAACGAUCAAAGAAGAUACAGACGUUAUCGUCAAAGUUCGAACGGCAGGAUUAUGUGGAAGUGAUCUACAUUUUUAUCAUGGUCAUAUGGUUUUACCCAGAUUAGAUUUCAUUCUUGGUCAUGAAUUCGUUGGUCAUGUAUGCGAAGUAGGAUCAAAGAUCAAAAACUUCAAGAAAGGUGAUCUGGUUGUUUCACCUUUUACGACUUCAUGCGGAGAAUGCUUCUUCUGUCAACGUGGUCAAACGGGACGUUGUUCAAAGGGAAAAGUGUAUGGAAGUAUACCUUUGGAUGGCGCUCAAGCUGAAUAUGUUCGUGUGGAAUUAGCAGAUUCAACACUUUACCCUGCUCCAACCACUAUCCCGGACGAAUGCUUGAUCACAAUGGCCGAUAUUGCACCGACGGGUUAUUUUGUAGCUUCAAACGGCUACAACAUCUUGACAGAAUUCGAACGCAAGAAACCCACAACUUGUGUGGUUGUCGGUUGUGGGCCGGUAGGAUUGUGUGCAGUCACAGCUGCAACUUCUUUCUUUACUGAUGUUUAUGCGAUCGAUCAAGUGGAAGAUCGAUUGGUAGAAGCAAAGAAACAUGGAGCAAAAGAUGCAUUCAACUUAAAUGAUGACGUUGAAUCAAAGAUCAAACAGCUUACAGAAGGCAGAGGUGCAGAUGUGAUUCUCGAAGUCGUUGGUGUAGAAGCAGCUUUGCAUCUAUCUGUCAAACUCGCUCGUCCAUUUGGCGUGAUCAGUUCUUGUGGCAUUCAUACCAAACCAGUCACUCUUCAGGGAUUGGAUUUGUACAACAAGAAUUUACGUAUGCAAUUCGGCCGCUGCCCCGUUCGUACCUACUUUGAACCCGCUCUUGAAAUGGUUGGAAAACAUCAAGACAUUUUCAAGGAAUUCGUUCAACAUUCCGUUCCGAUUGAUGAAGCUGUCAAGUAUUAUGACUUGUUUGACAAGCGAAAGGUACGCAAGACUGUCUUUACGUUUUGAAUCUCUUGUGUAGUACCUACCUUGUUGAAAUGAAAUUGAUGUACCGGACCGAAG